UAUGUGAGUCUGAUAUAAUCUACCCCCAGCCAGCACCAAUGGCCUCAUGUGAGAUCGAGCUUGUGAUAAACCCCACCUCCGCCACCGCCCCCGCCCCCGCCGUGGUGACCAAUACUAGCCCCAAUGAUAACGAUACUCAUAGUCACGAUUCUUCCCUCGUGAUGAUAAUCGCUAAGCGCUCGUUAAUAAUGUCCCUAAAUUCCAUCCUAACCAAACUUCAUGCAGGUUAUUUCAGGAUAAGCCUCUCCCUUGGUGGCCAAGCUCUGCUAUGGAAGAUAUUUGCAGAAGCAGCAGAUCAUGACACAGGCAUACUAGGGCACGUGCGCAACAUGUUCCAUCCCACCGCUUUUCUCGUACUGUGGUCUCUCUCACUCUUUGUACUCGUCCUACUCUCUAUUCUUUACCUGUUGAGGUGCUUGUUUUACUUUGAGAUGGUAAAGGCAGAGUUCUUGCACCAUGUAGGGGUUAACUAUCUCUUCGCUCCCUGGAUCUCUUGGCUUCUAUUGCUUCAGUCGGCUCCGUGCGUGGCUCCGAAGACCCGUGCGUACUUAGUUCUGUGGUGGGUCUUUUCGGUGCCGGUGGUGCUGCUUGACGUGAAAAUCUACGGUCAAUGGUUCACCAAGGGGAAGAGGUUUCUGUCCACCGUGGCGAACCCUACGAGCCAGCUAUCGGUGAUAGGGAACUUGGUUGGGGCACGAGCCGCGGCUCACAUGGGGUGGAGAGAGAGUGCGGUUUGCUUGUUUUCGCUGGGCAUGGUUCAUUACUUGGUGCUAUUUGUGACGCUUUAUCAGCGCCUCUCCGGUGGAGAUCGGCUUCCCGUGCUGUUAAGGCCGGUUUUCUUCUUGUUCUUUGCUGCUCCAGGCGUCGCGAGCUUGGCCUGGGAAUCCAUUGUUGGCGGCUUUGAUACUGCUUCCAAGAUGCUCUUCUUUCUAUCCCUGUUCCUCUUCACGUCACUGAUAUGCAGGCCAAUGCUGUUCAGGAGGUCAAUGAGAAGAUUCAACGUGGCAUGGUGGGCAUAUUCGUUUCCGGUGACGGUGCUGGCGAUUGCGGCGACGGAAUAUGCAGAUGAAGUGAAGGGAGGGAUCGCAAACUCGCUGACGCUGAUUCUGUCGGCUCUCUCGGUGUUGGUAUCCUUUGUUCUCACGCUCUUCACUCUGCUCAACUCUAAGAUGCUUCUUCCCGAUAACGAUCCCAUCGCUAGUUUGCUCCUUCAUCUACCGACAUCCCACUGAGUACUGACCCCCAUGCCUCUUUAUUUCUUUCAUCUUCUUUUUUUAAUUAGUUCAUUACACACACACACACACACACAUGCGUGCAUGUAUGUGCGUGGCGCAUUCCUUUGUCUCUGCCUACAUAUAUUUGUGCAUGUUAGUUCGACCGGCAAAUUUUGGCCAAAAAAUAAAAUAAAAUUCUACCGGCAAAUGCGAUUCACUACU